UGUUGUAAUCAAAACACUUCUUUACACUCUGCAACAAAACAAAACAAAACCCUAGACCCGAAACACCACAAGAAAGCUUCAUCAAUGGCGGACGAUACAGCAUCAAUGAGCAUAUACAGAGCUUCGAGAACGAUCAAGAAAAAACACAGCUCCUUGUUCAAUUCUCUACUCUCGAUUCACGAGGACUCAAUCUUCGUUUCCGAGAUAGCUCAGCUAUGGCCUCAACUGCCGCUUGUUGCUAACCUGCGCUGUGGUCUAUGGUACGCGAACAAGUUUCAUUCGAAUUGUUACUUCAAAUCGACUGAUGGACAUACGAACAAUCUCUCGUUUAAUACUUCUCGUCUCAAUCUUCAUGUUGCCACUCUUGCAGAGGGGAGGGUGUAUGAUCGUUGAUUCUACUCGAAAAGGGAAGAGGUUUCCCGACAGUAUGUCAAAAACCAUACCGAUUUGGACUUGCGUGUUAAAUCGUGCAAUUUCGAAUUAUAGAAACAAAAUGAAUGGGAUCAACAAGCCAACGGAAGGAGUUAAUUGUUCUACCCCAAAUCCCGAUACUACCGUACAAGAAUCCCCUAAAUGGGACACAUCUUUACAUCUUCCUCUUUGGGUACCCGAUACCGAAAAAACAAGAAUAGAGUCAAAUUUAAACAAAUGGGUCAAUACUUUCGAAACAAGUGGAGUUGAUAUCGCUUCUAUUUCAUCUCUAUUAAAGAAACCUCUACGACCACUUUGGAUUUCACAAAAAACCGUCAUAUGGUUGAACGAAGUUCCCGAUCACAACUCUUGGGAUUUCACACCCAUAAUCCUUAUUUCCGCAUCUGCGUCAAAUGAUAUAUACCGACAAAAAAAGAGCUCCGAAUUUAGUUGGAAUUACAUCGCGGGAGCAGGCGACGAUGAAGAAAGUUGGUCACGCGGUUUAACGCCUCCUUUGUUUUGGAAUAAUGUUUAUGAUUUGAUUAAUUCGGGGCCGGAUGUGUGUAACCAAAUGGUAGCUAAUAUUGUUGAAAGAGAUAGGGUGUUUCGUGCUCAACGGGGGCAGAACGCGCCGCAGUUUUCCGUUAAACUGACAAAAGUAGAAAGCACCUGGUCAGCUCAGUUUCGAGACCAACCGUUAGACGUUAUUAUGGAGAAUGGAAUUCAUGGAGAUUUAUUAGAUGAUGGGAAUGGAAUAUAUUGGUUGGGUUUGACGGACCUUGCGGUUUGUUCAACCGGAUAUGAUUUUAAAUCAUCAGAUGUUGAUAGCAUACUGAAUUGUGACCAAAAUCAGAUUCAUUGUACCCUCAAGGAUUCUGAAGCUUAUCUGCACCUACCUAUAAUGAACUCAAAAUUUGAUAGAUUUUCUCUGCAAAGAAAUCUACCUUCUGCACUGAAUUUUGCGAAACUGCAUCUGAAAAUGGGAAAGAGACUUGUAGUCUGCUGCAACAGUGGGGAAGACAUCAGUGUUUGUGUUUGCCUGGCAAUACUGAUUUCAUUAUUCAAUGCCGAAGGGACAUACGAUGACGGGAAAUUCUUCAAGGAGACACGAAUAACAAAGCUAGAUAUGCGACAACGACUAAUAUUCGUAUGCAAAUAUGUCGUCAACGCUCGGCCAUCAAGAGGUAAUCUAAAGCAAGUCUAUAAUUUCCUUGCGACCGUGACCAACAUGAGCGAUACAGAUGUUAGAGGGGUUUGUCCUCUAUAGCUGGCAUAAGAGUUUUUUAUAGGGUUAUAAAAGAACAGUGUUUAGGUUACGUUCAUAUAUUUUUUUGAACGGCGGAGAUCCAUAAUAAAAUGAGUUCGGGUAAAAAAAACGGGCCCUUUUGUGGCGUAAUACAAUGUGUAUUUUUUAAA